AUGCACUCUUUAAAACCACGGACCCGAAAGGAGCGCACAGACGGCCUUAGGAGCCAGGCACGAGCGUCCUCACACCGCAGAAUCAGUUACCGGGUCGGGUAUACAUGGAAUAGGGGUGGAAGACUCAAGGAGAUAAGGAUAAGGUAUCUCGCUCGAAAGUUUCUUCAUCUGUGGAUACAGAAAGCAUUUGGAAGAGUCACUCUGUCAAAAGCCAGGUCUCACUGUCGUAAAGUGGUCUUGCGGAAAGUUCUAGAUGUUUGGAAAGAUGUAUGGUGGCACUCCAGGAGAGAAUGGACUCUGACUAUACGGGCAGAUUGCCACUACAGGUAUGUUCUGUACAGUAAGGUGUAUCACUGCUGGAGGGACUAUCUGUAUGCACAGAGAGAGGAGAGAAGGAGACUACGCGUCGCGUCUGAGUUCGCGAACAGACGCUGUUUGCGGCGUGUGUGGGACAGCUGGGAGGUGUAUGUGGAGAUGAGGCGACUGAAAGUCAGAAUGCAGCAUAUGGCAACACAGCAACACAUCCACACUGUCACCUUGAGUGUGUGGCGCCUCACGGUGGUGAGGAGGUGUUGGCGCAUCUGGCGAGAGAAGCUUCAGUGCCGACAGGAAGAAUCAGAAAGGGCACAGUUGGCACAGAGGCUGGCACACCAGGGCACGCAACGCAGGGCACUGGCCCGUUGGAAAGACUAUAUCAGAAUGUGUUCAGAGGAAGCAGAGAGACAACAGAUGGCUGAUCUCCAUCAGCAGCGCCAUCUACUGCGUGUGGGGCUGAGACAUCUCACUGUGAAUGUCACUCAAAACAGAGCUCGUCGCCUCAACAAGAACCUCAGCGUCCAACAUCAUGAGCACACAGUGCUGGCGAGGUACUGGAGACUUUGGCUGCGUUGUCUGGAUCAGAAGGAGGCGAGGCAGCUUCAGCCACAGCUAAACACAGCCCUGGAACAUCACCGUGUGUCUCUACUGAGAGUGUAUCUACACUGCUGGAGAGAGAGGCUCGCAGAGCAGAGGUGUAUGCAGGCUCUGGAGCAGCGUGCUGAUGUUUUCUUUGCCAGCCGUUCGUUGCCCCGGUGUGUGAGCAGCUGGAUGGAGUUCACAGCCCGGAGGAGAGAAAUCAGGGCCAGAGCUGAGAGAGCAGACAUCCACAUACAGCAGCGGAGAUGCAGCUGGGCAUUUUAUACCUGGUGGGGGUACUUUGUAGAACGCAGAGAACAGAGACUGGCAGAGAGAAUGGCCGUGUUGCAUGCAGAGCGCACGUGUGUGUCUGGAGCGUGGGCUCACUGGCGGAGCAGGGCUCUGUCACAGAGAGAGGAGACAGACAAACAAACAGCAGCAGACUCCCUGUACACACACACUCUACUGCACCGCACUCUCAGACAGUGGAGGAGCACCGUCAGCGCUGAGCUGCUCAGUCAGAGACAGCUGGAGCAGGCAGAGGGUUUUGAUGCCAAACGGUGUGUAACAGGAGCUCUGGCAGGAUGGAGACAGUAUGUCGAGCAGAGAAGAGAGAAGAAUAGGAGACUAGCCAGGAUGGACGAACUCCAUCACAAAAGAUUACUCACAAACUCUCUACAGGCCUGGAAGAAGCACCUCGUGGAGAGGAGGCAGGUCUACAGCGUAGCAGAGAGCCGUUACACAGAUCACCUGACUUGUCUGACCAGGAGGCUUUUCCAUGUGUGGAGGAGGAAUGCUGCUCUCUUGGCGGAGGAGCGGGAGAGAGAGGAGCUGGCGAAGCUUCACUCUGAGCACUUCCUUCUGUCCAAGGUGCUGUUGGCAUGGCGACAGAGGACCUUGCUUGCAGCGUCUUGUCGUGACCAGCAGAGGGAAGCACUGAGACAGGCUCAGAUUCAUAUGAACACCGUGCGGUUACAGGUGUACCUGCGGAGAUGGAGGGAGAGAAGCAGGGAGGUGAUGGAGGAGAGGAGAGCGGUAGAGGAGGCAGACCGUCAUUACCGCUGUGUUUUACUCAGGACGACACUCAGCGUCUGGAUCAGAUACAUCAUUCACAACAGACAGCAUGAGGUAAUGAGGAUGAAGGCCUUUGAGCUGUGGAGGUUAAGGACAUGUCAGCAUGUCUUUAUCUACUGGAAAACACAGCUGCAGAGUAGGAGAAGAGAGGCAGAGUUAACUGAACAGGCUCUCUGGCACUGGUCCCUCAACCUGCAGGCCAAGGUGCUGUGUGCAUGGAGACUGUGGGUGUUAGACAGGCAGAGGAAGCAGCAGCGUUUGACAGAGGCUUGUCAGUUUUACAGAGACCAGUUACUGAGAGAGGGUAUCACACACAUCCUCACAUACACCACACACGCCAGCUCUCUCUCCGCCAGCAUCGCCCUACACACACAGGAACAAAACUGUCAGCGGCUUCAGGCAGUGGUCAGGAGAUGUGCCCUAAGAUGGAAGCAGAAAGCGCUGUCUGCGUCAAUGAGACAGACUCCGCCCAGGGGUGGAGCCAAAAAGAGAGUCUCAUUCAAUCUGCCUGAGCAGCUCUCACAAAGCCCUGCUCACCAGCCAAUCAGGAGCUCCCCAGCCGAGCAGAAGGCACAGGAUUCCGUAAUCAAACAGCUGGCAUUGGUACGGGCUGCUAGGCUACAGCCACGGCGACCUGAUGACCUCCUGAACUCUCCAGGCAAAGAGCUGCUACAGCGCCCCCCACUGGACAGUAGUAAGAAGUUUUCCUCGUCCUCUGACACGCUGACUGACAAGUCCACCGUUCAGUCUUCCAUCCCAGCUCCGUCUCCACUGGGCCCCUCUCAGGGUCCUGGUCCCCUGGUAACCUCACGACCUCCUGUCACGCAGCCCCGCCCCUCUCUGCCCGCUGGCCCAGUGCUCCGCCCCCCGGUGGGCCUGUCGGCUCCUCCCACACUGAGGGAACCGGCGAGUGCGGACGUCCUACUACCCCCGUCCUCAUUCACCAGCUCACGAGUCCACACACAGAGUGAGCUGAGGCACAAAGACUCCUCCUUGCUGCCCCCUCAGGAGUUUGCCACAUUCCCACCUCCUCAUCCGCCACCUCCCCAUGAGUUUUUGGAUGAUGAUGAUGAUGAAGAUGAGGGAAGAACGAAGGCAGAUUCUGACCUCACAAAGGCUCUGACUGAAGAACUCUUCAGCAUUCGACUGGACAUGGAGAGAUACCAGCAGGACAGGACACAACUACAGACAUGGCGUAAGCUCAAGGUGGUGCUGACCAGCUGGUUGCAGACUACAGGUAGUGAGGGAGAGACAGAGGAGAGGCAGACUGUCACACAGGAACUGGAAGAGCUCAAGUGGCGCAUUAUGACCUUGUCUGAGAAGUUGGCAGAGCAGAAACCCACCAUGAUCCGACACACUGCCCGCAUCCGCACCAUAGAGAGCCUCCUGCGGGCACCGAGUGGGCACUGA